AUGUCGUUGUCAGCCCUAAUAAAGAGUCAGCUAGGAUAUAAGUCUAUGAUAGAAAAUGCUUAUGAAAAUUAUAAAAAAUCACCAAAAGAACGCUUAUGUAAAGAGUCGUAUUUACUCACUAGGUUAGAUUCAUUAGAAGAAAAAUGGCAGAUAUUCGCAGAAACGCAUAAAAAAAUGUCUAUAGAGUUGUCAGAGCAAUUAGUAGAAUCUAAAUACUACAAAGAAAGUGUUUAUGAAAGUGUAGAGGAAAUGUAUAUUGAUUAUAAGUCUGAUAUCAGAGAAGCAUUAUUUGUUCUAAAGACUCAAGCUAGUGUCUCAAGUUCUUGUUCUCAUUUAACUUCUAAAGUUGAAAGCAAUGUAAUACACUCCAUGGCAACCAGCUCUAACGCUGUAGCCAAAUUUAACUGUCCUUAUUGCAAUAAUGAGCAUAAAAUAUCUAACUGUAAAGAAUUUGCCGCGGUUGGUUAUAACACUCGACAUAAUUUCGUCCAAGAUAAUGGUCUUUGCUUUAAUUGCUUAGGUCGUAACCACUCUGCUAACACGUGCCGUUUAUUCACGAGAUGUCGCAUUUGUAAGCAUAAGCACCACUCAUUGCUUCACCCAAAACCAAUAACAGAAACACAAAAAGCUGUUUUGUCCAAGCCAGAUUUGUCAGUUGAAGUUAAGUCUGUACUGUCAAAGAUAAAGACAGCUCAAGAAAAGCCGGAAUCGACUACGAACAUUACAGCGCAUUUUUCUAAAAAGAUAGUACCUAAUCAAAUUCUUCUAGCAACUGCACUUGUUGUAGCAGAGGCAAGAAACGGUUAUGCCCACUUGAUCAGAGCUCUACUUGAUCAGGGUUCGCAAGCAUCAUUUGUUACAGAGUCAACGGUACAAGUACUUGGCCUCAGGAAGAUACCCAACCCUAGCUUCCAAAUACAAGUGCGUGCGCAUGUUUUAGGCUCGAUAACUAGUCUACUUCCAUCGGAGAAGCUAGUUAAUGUAGAUUGGCCAGAAUUGGCUAAUAUCACUCUUGCCGACCCGCAAUUUUACAGCCCAAGUAAAAUAGACGUUUUACUUGGUGCAGACGUUUACAGUCAGGUUAUAAGAGAAGGGUUGGUCAAGGGUCCUAAUGGCAUUCCAACUGCUCAGUGUACUGCCUUAGGAUGGAUACUAUCUGGCCCCACACAGUUACCUGAUCAUAAUCAAACACCUUUAUCUCAUUGUCACCAUAAUAUUAUUAGCAUGCACUCUCAAACUGAUGACAAUGAAUUACUAAAGAGAUUUUGGCAAAUUGAGUCCGAUUUCCGUGAAAGCAAGAUUCUUAACCAGGAAGAACAGCGAUGUGAAGAAUAUUACAGUAAUACCACUCAACGGGAUCCAACAGGUCGAUACAUAGUGAGACUUCCCUUCCGUGAAGACAAUCCUCAAUGUAAGUAUGGGAAUUCCAGAGACAUUGCAAUAAAGCGAUUUCAUCUUCUUGAAAACCGUUUCAAAAAGAACUCAGAAUUCAAGGCAAGAUAUUCCGAAGUCAUUCAUGAAUAUUUGAACCUAAGCCAGAUGCAACUUAUAACUGGCAGUGACCUUAAUAAAUCGGAAUCAGUGUAUUUACCCCAUCACGCCGUUAUAAGAGAGGAUAAAAUUACUACGAAGGUUAGAGUAGUGUUUGACGCCUCUUGCAAGGGAACAAACGGAGUAUCUCUAAACGAUACAUUGAUGAUUGGCCCCACGCUUCAGCAAGACUUACGUCAUAUUAUUAUCCGAUGGCGUAUGCAUCCAAUAUGUCUUAGUGCAGAUAUUAUGAAAAUGUAUCGCCAAAUUAUCGUUGCAGAUCAAGACACAGACUUCCAAAGGCUAGUUUGGAGAGAUGAGCCUGAGUCUGAAAUUAAAGAAUUCAAAUUAGUAAGGGUUACAUUUGGCACAUCAUCGGCUCCCUACCUAGCAGUAAAGACACUACAUCAGGUCACAAUUGAUGAAGGUAAGGAAUUUCCCAAUGUAGCUGAAACGGUAAAAACGGAUUUCUACGUGGACGAUCUGUUGACUGGAUGUCAGACAGUGGAAGAAGGAAAAGGCAUUUAUGAAGAUAUGAAAAGGUUACUGAAAAAGGGAGGUUUUGAAUUGCAGAAAUGGGUAACAAACAACAAAGAUUUAGCAGAAGAAAUAAUGGAUGGACACGGAAAGGAGGUAGGAAAGGUUGAUAUUAAGAUCGAUAAGGUAGUUAAGGUAUUGGGUCUUUUCUGGGAUAAAGAAACGGAUAAUUUUCAAUACAGUGUACAACUUCCUGAAUUGAAUAAUCCUAUUACCAAGAGGAAGGUAGUAACGAGCAUCUCACGUCUGUUCGACCCCUUGGGAUGGCUAGCGCCUUGCAUCAUCACAGCUAAAGUAAUGAUCCAGAAAUUAUGGCUGGCAGGAAUAGACUGGGAUGACGAACUGCCAGAUGAGUUACUAAAGGAGUGGAAUUUUUACACAUCUGAGCUAAUAAAUAUUCGCGAGCUUAGUAUUCCAAGGUGGCUCAAGACUAAAGUAGAUGAUACUUGCAUGGAGCUUCAAGGUUUUUGCGAUGCGUCCAACUCUGCAUACGCUGCGGUCGUUUACUUAAGAGCGAUUGAUGCUAAAGGUAAUAUACACGUCAAUCUAGUUACGGCAAAGACUAAGGUUGCUCCAACUAUGCAAAUCUCCAUUCCUCGCCUUGAACUUAUGGGAGCAGUUCUUUUAGCUAAGUUAAUCACAAAUGUGGCUAAUAUUCUGGGAAUCGAUCAUAACAAUAUACACGGCUGGACCGACUCCACUGUGGUAUUGGCGUGGCUCAGCAGUCAUCCUAGUCGGUGGACAACGUUUAUAGGCAACAGAACGUCAGAUGUUCUGUCAAAUCUGGACAAUACGCAAUGGGCACACGUUCGAUCGGCCCAAAAUCCAGCAGAUCUCGCUUCCAGAGGCUGCACUCCUUUGGAACUUGCUGAAAAUAGCUUGUGGCUGCAGGGUCCAUCAUGGUUAAAAGAUGGCAAUAUUAUUUACAAAAGGCCAAAGUCCAUCUCGACUACUUUGGAACAAAGAAAAUUAAAGGUCCACGCUGUAACUAAUAGUCAAUUUGCUACUGAUUUCGAUCUAUGGAAAAAAUUCUCGUCAUUACAAAGGCUUAUACGAGUUGUUGCCUUUUGUCGCAGAUUCCUAAGGUACAAAAGAAAUAGUAGGUUUAAACCUUACCUUACAAGCACCGAGCUGCAGGAAUCUUUAGACGUUUGUAUAAAACAAUGUCAACUCGCAGAUUUAAGAGAUGCCAAGCAAAAAUUGAAACCGUUAAGCCCUUUUCUUGAUGAUAAGGGAAUAAUGAGAGUGGGAGGUAGAAUUCAGAAUGCUAAUCUUCCUACAGAUACUAAGCAUCCUAUUAUUCUUCCCCAUAAGAGCCACUUUACCAAUUUAGUUAUUGAUGAGGCCCACCGAAAGACAUUACACGGAGGUCCAACACUCAUGCUAAACCAUUUGCGCACAAAAUAUUGGAUUAUAUCGGCUAAGAGCCUAGUUAAAAUGCAUGUGCGUAAUUGUGUAGUGUGUGUUCGCCAAGCGGCAGUGACAAAAAAUCAGUUUAUGGGUCAGUUACCAUUUAGCAGAGUAACACCAGCUAGACCAUUCCUUCACAGUGGUGUGGAUUUUGCUGGCCCAAUUAAUGUCCGAAUGUCUAAGGGAAGAGGUAAUAAAUCAUACAAGGGUUAUAUUAGUCUUUUUGUAUAUAUGGCAACAAAGGCCAUACAUUUAGAACUAAUAAACGAUCUCACUAGUGAUGUCUUCAUAGCAGGCUUUAAGCGUUUUGUAGCUCGUAGAGGACAUGUGAGUGAAAUAUGGAGCGACAAUGGAACAAACUUUGUUGGAGCAUCCAAGGAACUUCUUAAAUUCGUCACCGCUGAACAGUCAUCAGUCGCUCUUGAAAUUCGUGAGUGGUUAAGCAACAAUAGUGUUUCAUGGCAUUUCAUUCCUGCUCAUGCGCCAAACUUUGGCGGGCUAUGGGAAGCAGGCGUGAAGGCUAUGAAAUUUCAUUUAAAACGAGUGAUUGGCGUUUCUACAAUGACAUAUGAAGAGUUAACCACCGUUCUCACGCAAAUAGAAGCAUGUCUAAACUCAAGGCCUUUAUCGAUAUUACCAGAUAAUCACAGUGAUCCCGCGCCUCUAACUCCAGGACAUUUCCUCGUUGGCGAAGCUCUAGUAAUUGUACCAGAACGAAACUAUGAACAUAGUAACAUCAGUACUCUGAGACGCUGGCAAAUGACUCAAAGAAUGGUACAGGAUUUUUGGCGAAGGUGGUCCAAAGAGUAUUUGGUGAAUUGUUUACAGAGAUAUAAAUGGUCAAAGAUAAUACCCGAACCUGAAAUUGGAAACAUAGUUUUAAUUAAGGAGGACAAUCUUCCUCCAGGCCGUUGGCUGUUAGGAAGAGUGGUUGCGAAGCAUCCUGGCUUAGACCAAAUCACUCGCGUUGUGACUUUGAAGUGUGGUCAAUCUCUCUUAAAAAGACCAACUUCAAGGUUAUGUAUUUUGCCUGUUACACAAUAA